AUGUCAAAUAGCAACACAUCAACUGAACCAGUGAUUCAUGCAGAAAUUGAGAAUGAAGAAUUUGACAAAGUUGAAGAAAAGAUUGAAGAAGAAUUAGAACAAGAACAUGAAAAGAUUGAAGAAGAGAAAAUUAAACCAGAAAAAGAAAAGAUAAUUGAAUAUGACAAUAAAAUUGAUCCAAUAGUUGAUAAUUAUAUUAAUUCAUUAGUAAACACUAAAGCAAUGAUUCGAUCUGAUAUUGAAACAAGAAUGUUAGCAAUUAUUAUGUCAUGUAAGGCAUGUAAUAGUGAAGAAAAAGCAAAGCAAAUAAUUGAACAAAAACUUGAAGAAAGACCAAUGGAAUAUGAUAUUGUUUCUAAUGUUAAAAGAUUAAAGAAAGCAUAUAAUGUAGAGAAAAUAGAUAAUAAGUUAUAUGGAGGUAGUUUGUUUAAAAAGACAUUAGUUCAAGAUUCAGCACUUGAACAAAGUGAUGCAAAAAUGGAAAAAAAGAAGAAAAAGAGAGAAGAAAUGGAAGAAAAGAAAAGAAAACAAUUAUACGAAAAUGCUGGAUUAGUAUCUGCACCAACUAUUUCAGUUAAUAAAGCUAAAGUUGAUAGUAAUUGUAAAGAUGUUAAACAAGAUAAUAUAAGUAUUGCAUAUGGUAAACAUCUUAUUCUUGAAGAUGCAGAUUUAACAUUAGCACAUGGAAGAAGAUAUGGACUUAUUGGUAGAAAUGGAUGUGGAAAAUCUACAUUAAUGAGAGUUAUUGCUACAAGAAAUGUUGCAAUUCCUGAUAAUAUGACAAUGCAAUUUAUUGAACAAGAAGUUGAUGGAGAUGAUCGUUCAGUUUACCAAACAGUUUAUGAAGCAAAUGUUGAAUUAGUUCAAUUAUAUGCAGAUCUUGCAGAACUUGAAAAAGAACCAUUGAUGCAGAUACAGCAGAAUCAAGAAUUAAAUCAAUUCUCACAGGUCUUCAAUUUACUCAAAAAGAUUUUGAAAGACCAACAAAAGAAUUUUCAGGAGGAUGGAGAAUGA